UCAAGUCCCAAAAAGACUUUUCAGAAUAAGCAUCUUGUGGAGCGGAUGAAUCUCUCUGAGAAGAUAGGUCUGACAGACCAAAAUUUCCUCGGGCAGGCGGCAUCUCAUUUUAUGGAAGACCAACCAGUAGGUGGUUUGCUGGACCAGCAACAGCUGAUGAUGGGCGACCAACAGCAAGAAAACCAGCUGAUGAUGAUGACACAGUACCAGCAAAGUUUCACGUCAACUGAAAUUCCAUCUCUGCAAAGCAAGCGAGAUCUUCAGCAAGGCGUGACGGAUGUUAGCUACCACAUCCUCAAAAAACUUGGGAUUCAUGCAUGUUUAAAGGAUUCAGGUUUGUCACAGCCUACGUCUUACACCGGCCAGGCUACAUCCUACACUGGCCAGUCUACAUCCUACACUGGCCAGCCUAACUCCUAUACUGGCCAGUCUACCUCCUACACUGGCCAGCCAUUCCAGACAGGUCACUCAUCAGUUGAAGGCCAUUCAAAU